GUAUUAGGGUAUAUUGAAUUUCCGUCUUCAUUCCUCUUGUGAACAAUUUAGUUUAAAUGAAAUGGGGAAAUUAGAAUCAAAAAGAGUCGAAGAUGUGCAGCUGACCAUUCCAUUCAAGCCUUUUUCGGUCGUAACUGUUUCCUUACCAGCGGUUUCAUUGCUGUACUGUUUUCUGCAUGGAAUGAUAUUCCGGUUUAGUGAAGUCAAUGAGACAGUGUGUCAGGCAUCCAAUGUUGUGCCCUCCAUCAGUGCAGUUACUGGCAUCACCCCAGGGGCAUAUUUUUGGAGGAUCUGUAUUGGUUUACAUGCCACCCCUAGAUUUGCUGUGGGCUUCAUGCACUAUAAUUAUUACAUGGCUAGGAUAUCUUAUGUUGACAGAGAAUUUAGGCCUCUCUUUAAGAAGCUACUGAGUGUGAAUUUCUGGUUGUACACUAUUGAGAAUUCCUGCUUAGUUGGUGUGACCUACAUUUCCAACAAGGAAAAUUAUCCUGUUCAUGAGAAGAUAUUUGUGGUUUUCAUGGUUGCCAGUUGCUGUUACAUGUUACUAAAUACCCUCAUCUACAAAUGGACCAGGACAGAUAUCUUGACACCAACAGAAAAAAAAUCUUUAAAAAUCAAGUGGAUAAUGUUUGCCUGUAUAAUGACAGCCACAACUGGCCUUUUGACUGCUUUUGUAUUGCACAGAGUGUUCUGUGUUGCAUAUGCAUUUAGUUUUUUCUCAGCCUUCGAGUAUGUUAUAGCAUACUCCAACAUGGGAUAUCAUGUCAGUGCGUACUUAGAAUUUAAGAACAAAUCAAUUCUGGCGGCAGAUGUCAUCUCAGAUUCUGUUUACACUAACGGAGACGCACCAGAAUCCAAUGUCAUCACUGCAGAUUCAGAUGAUGACCGAAAUGGGACACGAAGAAGUUUGAGGAUUCGCAAAAAAGGAGCUGGAGAAAGUGUUCAAUGAGGAGAGAGCACUAGUUUGUUAUUGUUUAGUUUUUUACAGAUAUGUGCAAUGAUGGAAAAACUUGUCUGGUCUUUCUUUUUAUGAGUGUUGUUUACUAAAUGUACUUGUGAAAUGUUCAAAUUCUGAUUUGUUUGUUUUAUAUUAUGAAGAAAUUGACAUUAUCUAGGCUACUAGUCAUGUAACAGUGGAUAUUAACAUGAUUGUUAAGGUAGAAGUAUUUUGGUAGUAUUAUAACAUUUAAAAGUAUUUUCUUUGGUUGUUUAAGGUUCCCUUAUCUAAUACCAGAAAGGGAUUUUACAUUUAUCACAUGACUCGGUACUCAAGAUUUUUUUUUUUUUUAUACCGGUAACUGCAAAUUUCUAAAUGGCUGUUUCUAAAAGAUCUGCUUUUAUUCAAUUGGGGAAGAAAUUACAUUUAAUUUAGGAAUUUA